UCUGCCCGGGGGGGGGUGGUGGUGGUUGACAGUGAGGCUGCUGUUGGUACUUUGCUCCUCCUGGGGGUAGUUGCUGCUGUUUUCUUUUAGAAGGGGCAAGGUCGAAGGGGGCAAGGCUUUAGGACUUUUUGAUGGUUGUAUUUAUUUGCGAAGGGCGGAAUUUGCUGAGGUAGCCGGGGCGCUCUUGAGGCGCAGUGUAUGCUCGGGGAUGAAGUCGAUACAAAGUAGCGGCGGGCGCGGCUGGUGCUGGGCAUGAGUUCGGAGACAUUGGUUACAACUGUAUCCCCGCGCAGGCAGCGGUAACAUUGUAUCCGGGCCCUCGCUCUCGCUUUUCCCCCCUCACCACAGCUACCUGCACUCCGACCGCCCAGCACGGGAUUGUUUCUGUAAAGUGAGAAAGCAACACAAAAAGCAAGAUGUCUGGAGCAUCUGUCAAAGUUGCGGUGCGGGUCAGACCCUUCAACUCCAGAGAAAGCGGCAAGGAUUCUAAAUGCAUCAUUCAGAUGCAGGGCAGCUCUACCAGUAUUAUAAACCCGAAGAAUCCAAAAGAAUCACCAAAGACCUUCAGCUUUGAUUACUCCUAUUGGUCACAUACCUCGGCUGAAGAUCCAGCCUUUGCUUCUCAACAUCAAGUCUACAAUGACAUUGGUAAAGAAAUGCUGCAGCAUUCGUUUGAGGGUUACAAUGUAUGCAUUUUCGCAUACGGUCAAACUGGUGCAGGGAAGUCCUAUACCAUGAUGGGAAAACAAGAUAAAGAACAUCAAGGGAUUAUCCCGCAGCUUUGUGAAGAGCUCUUUGAAAAGAUAAAUGACAACAGUAAUUCUGAUGUGUCAUAUUCUGUGGAGGUCAGUUACAUGGAAAUUUAUUGUGAAAGGGUUCGAGAUCUGCUCAAUCCCAAGACCAAAGGAAAUCUCCGUGUCAGAGAGCACCCACUGCUGGGACCCUAUGUAGAAGAUCUUUCCAAGUUGGCUGUAACAUCUUAUACAGACAUUGCAGAUCUCAUGGAUGCAGGGAACAAAGCCAGAACUGUGGCAGCUACUAAUAUGAAUGAGACCAGCAGCAGGUCCCAUGCCGUUUUCACCAUAGUUUUUACCCAGAAGAAACAUGACGUGGAAACAGAUCUUUGCACAGAGAAGGUGAGCAAAAUCAGCCUCGUUGAUCUGGCCGGUAGUGAACGAGCUGACUCCACUGGGGCUAAAGGAACAAGGUUAAAGGAAGGAGCGAAUAUCAACAAAUCACUUACAACAUUAGGAAAAGUUAUCUCUGCUCUUGCAGAAGUGGAUAAUGCUCCCAGUAAGAGCAAGAAGAAAAAGAAGUCUGACUUCAUUCCUUACAGAGACUCUGUAUUGACCUGGCUUCUGAGGGAGAAUCUGGGUGGAAACUCACGUACUGCAAUGGUUGCUGCUCUUAGUCCAGCUGACAUAAACUAUGAUGAAACUCUCAGCACUUUAAGGUAUGCAGAUCGUGCAAAGCAGAUUAAGUGCAAUGCAGUGAUUAAUGAAGAUCCGAAUGCAAAACUGAUCAGAGAACUGAAGGACGAAGUCACAAGAUUGAAGGACUUGCUGUGUUCUCAGGGUCUGGGAGAUAUUUUAGACAUUGAACCAAUGACUGAUGAUUACUCUGGAAGUGGAAUCAAAUACUUGAAAGAGAUACAGAACAGUAAACAUAAGUACAAACUAGCUUCAGGAAAUCAAAGGCCUGGCCAUUUCUCCACAGCGCCCGUGGGUACACUGACAGCUUCCCCUUCCUCGUCUUCGCUGAGCAGCCAGGCAGGCAUUCAGUCAGUAACAAGCUUGCAAGAGAGAAUAAUGUCAACUCCGGGUGGGGAAGAGGCCAUUGAACGCUUAAAGGAAUCGGAAAAGAUCAUUGCUGAGCUGAAUGAGACAUGGGAGGAGAAGCUGAGGAAAACUGAAGCAAUUCGAAUGGAGAGGGAGGCCCUUCUAGCUGAAAUGGGAGUUGCUAUACGAGAGGAUGGAGGCACGUUGGGAGUAUUCUCACCGAAAAAGAUUAAUAACCGGGCAUCAUCUGACUUGUUUGAAUCAGAUGAAAUGUUUACUCCUGAAAAGGAUUUGUCUUCAAGGACAUGUGAACUUUUUGCUGACUCCUAUGGUGUAUUUUCUCCAAAGAAGACGCCACAUCUUGUGAACCUCAAUGAGGAUCCUCUCAUGUCAGAGUGUCUUCUUUACUACAUCAAAGAUGGCAUCACCAGGGUUGGCCAAGCAGAUGCCCAGAGACGUCAGGACAUUGUUCUCAGUGGUGCCCACAUUAGAGAAGAGCACUGUAGUUUCAGGAGUGACAAGAAUCAAAAUGGUGAAGUUAUUGUUACUCUGGUUCCCUGUGAAGGAUCUGAAACUUAUGUGAAUGGUAAACGAGUUGCCAAUCCAGUGAAACUGCGUUCAGGGAAUCGUAUUAUAAUGGGCAAGAAUCACGUCUUCCGGUUCAAUCACCCUGAACAGGCUCGUGCUGAACGUGAGAAGACACCGUCUGCUGAGACCCCAGUCGAACCUGUUGAUUGGGCCUUUGCUCAACGGGAACUUCUGGAAAAGCAAGGCAUAGAUAUGAAACAAGAAAUGGAAAAAAGGCUUCAAGAAAUGGAGAUUCUCUACAAGAAAGAGAAGGAAGAAGCUGACCUGCUUUUGGAGCAACAGCGCUUGGACUAUGAAAGUAAGCUUGAAGCUUUACAGAAACAAGUGGAAACCCGUUCACUAGCUGCAGAAACAACUGAGGAAGAGGAGGAGGAGGAGGAGGAGGAGGAAGAAGUGCCCUGGACCCAACGUGAUUAUGAGCUGGCAGAGUGGGCAUUCAGAAAAUGGAAGUAUCAUCAGUUUACAUCUUUGCGUGACUUACUUUGGGGGAAUGCUGUCUAUCUGAAGGAGGCAAAUGCCAUUAGCGUUGAACUGAAGAAAAAGGUGCAAUUCCAGUUUGUGUUGCUCACAGACACUCUGUACUCCCCUCUUCCACCUGAAUUACUCCCUGCUGAGGCUGAAUCAGAUCGUGAAGUUCAGCAAUUCCCAAGAACCGUUGUUGCAGUGGAGGUACAAGAUCUGAAGAAUGGUGCAACACAUUAUUGGUCCUUGGAAAAACUCAAGCAGAGAUUGGAGCUAAUGCGUGAAAUGUAUGAUCGUGCUGGAGAGAUGGCCUCUGCCACACAAGAUGACAGCGAAACCAUAAUGACAGGCAGUGACCCGUUUUACGACCGCUUCCAUUGGUUUAAGCUCGUAGGAAGUUCCCCAAUCUUCCAUGGCUGUGUGAAUGAGCACAUUGCCGAUCGCACACCCUCGCCCACCUUCUCCACAGCCGACUCUGACAUCACCGAGCUUGCUGAUGAGCAGCAGGAUGAAAUUGAGGACCUGGAUGACGAGGCCUUUGUGGACGAUACUAGCUCAGACCUUGGCAAUGAAGAGGGAUCAGACAUCUUCGGAGAUGGGCACGAUCCGUUUUAUGACCGGUCCCCCUGGUUCAUUUUAGUGGGAAGGGCAUUUGUGUACCUCAGCAAUUUGCUGUAUCCAGUGCCCCUCGUUCACAGAAUCGCCAUCGUUAGUGAGAAGGGAGAGGUCAGAGGCUUCCUCAGAGUGGGCGUACAGGCCAUCACAGCUGAUGAGGAGGCACCAGACUAUGGAUCUGGUGUACGUCAGUCUGGCACUGCUAAAAUCUCAUUUGAUGAUGAGAACUACAGAGAGAGUGACGUUUCUUCUAUUGUAAUGUCACGUUCUGGGCUCUCAUUGGAGGAGCUUAGGAUCGUCGAAGGGCAGGGUCAGAGCACAGAGGUCAUCACCCCAUCGGAGGAGAUGAACAGAAUCAACGAGCUGGAUUUUAAAUCGAGCACAGAGCUGGACCCCAAACUGCCCCAGGGGGGAGUAUCUGACAGCGUUGGCGAACACCUAAAAGUUGGUAGUGUUUUUACUUUCCGAGUGACUGUGCUACAGGCCAGUGGGAUCCCACCAGAAUAUGCAGACAUAUUCUGUCAGUUCAACUUCCUGCACCGCCAUGAUGAAGCCUUCUCGACUGAACCCCUGAAGAACAGUGGCCGGGGAACUCCCCUUGGCUUUUACCAUGUGCAGAAUGUUGCUGUCGAAGUUACAGAAUCGUUUGUAGAAUAUAUCAAGACAAAGCCAAUUGUAUUUGAAGUUUUUGGGCACUACCAGCAACAUCCUUAUCAUUACCAAGGACAAGAUUUCAAGGGCCCACCACAACCAGCUCGCAAAUAUUUCCCUCCUCCAAUGCCUCUUUCAAAGCCAGAUCAUGAGCGAAAGAUUGAGUUGAUUAGGUAUUUGAUGUCUGGCUAUGUAAAUGUACAGUUGCUUGAUGCUCUCUCUGAGAAUGCCAACGUGUUAGUCUCAUCCACUGCCAGCUCGUUCAUCAACAGUGCUGAUCAGCUGCCAACAUUUCUCUUCCAUCCUCUUCCCAUAUGUCACGUUCUGAAAAUUUCAAAGCAUCAUGUUCCAGCCACAAAGGUGAAUGCGAUGAGCAAACCUAACCUCGGACAAUGUGUCAGUAAAUAUGAUUUGCUUGUCUGGUUUGAGAUCAGUGAACUGGAACCGACAGGAGAGUACAUCCCAGCAGUUGUGGACCAUAGCGGAGGCCUGCCAUGUCAGGGCACUUACCUGCUUCACCAGGGAAUUCAGCGAAGGAUUACGGUAACAAUUGUGCACGAAAAGGGCAGUGAGCUUCACUGGAAGGAUGUUCGAGAGUUAGUCGUUGGUCGCAUCAGGAACAAGCCAGAGGUGGAUGAAGCUGUCGUAGAUGCUGUUUUGUCUUUGAAUAUUAUUUCUGCAAAGCAUAUCAAAUCAUCACAUGAGGCUCAUAGGCUGUUUCUUGAUUUGGAUUUACCUAGAAGUUUUUAUCGGUUCGAGGCUGUUUGGGAUAGUUCUCUGCACAACUCCCUUCUCCUAAACCGUGUGACACCAUAUGGGGAAAGAAUCUACAUGACCCUUUCUGCCUAUCUGGAGCUUGACCAUUGUAUUCAACCUGCGGUCAUCACCAAGGACAUCUGUAUGAUCUUCUACUCCCGGGAUGCCAAGAUCUCACCUCCACGGUCCCUGCGGAAUUUAUUUGGCAGUGGCUAUUCAAAGACACCUGACUGUAAUCGAGUGAGUGGCGUAUAUGAGCUCAGUUUAUGCAAAAUGGCUGACACGGGGAGCCCUGGAAUGCAAAGGAGGCGAAGAAAAAUUUUGGACACUUCUGUUGCCUACGUUAGAGGAGAGGAGAAUCUGGCAGGUUGGAGACCCCGUGGGGACAGUCUCAUCCUGGAACAUCAGUGGGAGCUGGAGAAACUGGAUCUCUUGCAUGAGGUUGAGCGGACACGCCAUCUCCUGUUACUGCGUGAGAAACUCAGCGAGGCAACUUCAAAGUCUCUCUGCGACUCCAUCUCCCCCAGUAUGAGCAGUGGCACACUCAGCACCUCAACCAGCAUUUCCUCGCAGAUAUCAACCACAACGUUCGAGAGCGCUGUCACACCCAGUGAGAGCAGUGGAUAUGACUCUGCAGACAUUCAGAGCCUUGUCGAUCGAGAGAAGGAGCUGGCCAGCAAGUGCUUACGACUUCUAAUGCAUACCUUUAAUAAAGAAUUCAAUCCAGUCUGCAGCAGCAUCAGUGACAGCAAGCUUUCAGAUGUGAACUCUCCGAUUGGCCGUGAUGCUUCUGUGUCCAGUUUUAGCAGUACCACGCUCACUCCUUCUUCCACCUGCCCGUCACUUUCAGACUCCCGCUGUAACUCAGUGGAUCAGAAGACUCCAGAGGCCAACUCGAGAUCCUCAAGUCCGUGCGUGGAAUUUGAUGGCUUCCCCAUAGUUUCUCGAGUUGAAACUUCGUACCUUGCCAAAGCGGGGAAGAAUGAAUUUUUAAACCUGCUUCCUAACAUUGAGGAGAUCAGGACUGGUCCUGUGGUGUCGAAGAAAGGGUAUCUGCAUUUCAUGGAACCGCAGUCUAAUUCUUGGGUGAAGCAUUACGUUGCAAUCCGCCGUCCAUAUGUGUUUAUCUACAACAGUGAUAAGGACCCCGUGGAAAGAGGCAUUCUGAAUCUGUCCACGGCCCAGGUGGAAUACAGCGAGGAUCAGCAGACUAUGCUAAAGACAUCAAACACAUUUGCAGUGUGCACAAAACAUCGUGGAAUACUUCUGCAAGCAAGCAAUGACAAAGAUAUGUAUGAUUGGUUGUAUGCUUUCAAUCCACUGUUGGCAGGUUCAAUCAGGUCAAAACUUGCUAGGAGACGUUCAAGGCAACAAAUGAUGUAAACGAAUAUCUAUCACUGAAGGCAAGAAAUGAAGUAACAAUUCUGACUUGCCUUACCACCAUAGAGGAGUUGCUCUUAACCGUUUGUGAUUCUUGACGAUUUCUCAUGUACACAUGGCUUAACACUCUCUCUAAGCACCUUUUUUUUUCUAGUUACCAAAAUACUGCUGUUUCUUUGCAUCCAUUCCAGGUCUUGUAGUAGCAUGUUGUAAAAUAGCUGUGUGUGCACGAUUCUCAACUUUUUUUCCAUUCCUGCUUUCUUCUCGUGUCUGUAGGAUGUCCUUGUCUGUGUUUCCAGUCGAACUGUAGCCUUUAAUUUGCAAACCAUGGGGUAAUUGCAACUGGUCCUUGGGCCCAGUAGCUGUAAGAUAAGGUGGAAAAGGGUAGUUCACGCCCUUCCUCUGAUAGGUGACAGGCUAGGUACCUUCAGGAAUACACUAUGUUCUGGAAUAUCACGUGUGGUGAUCUCCAGCAUUCUGGAAUGUCACGGCUGCCAGGCCGUUUUAGACGGAACGUUUUUGAUCGCAGCAGUUGCAAACUUUGCUGGAUUGUUAAGUGUGACGUUAGGGUGAAGCCCUACUCUGAGGAAGUGCAGUCCUACUACUAAGUAGGAAAACUAGCCGAUCUCGAAAGCUGACCCACUCAAGUAGUAGGUUAACUAGUAGCAAAAAGGCAACGGCCUGACUUUGUUGUCGUAAACACACACUGCAAUGGUUGGGCCAUCUCUUUUCCUAUAUCUGUCUGUCUUCUGCGUGCAUGCGUAUCCAGAAGGAUACUUCUGCCCAAGGAUGUUCCUUCAUACCUUGGUGAAAAGCAUUUAAUAGCAGACAUUUGCAAAUUGCUUUCCAGACUUCCGACAAUGCACAUGUUCCUCGCUUGCAAGAUGCCUAAGUACCUUCUUGCAGUAGAAUCAUCAUUAAUCAGCAGCAGUAUCCCAGAAAACUGACUCAAGGUCAAGUAAUUCUACAUCACUGCUAUGCAGAUGGAGAGCUCGAAGUACUCUACAAAUCCUGCACCAUGCUGUAUUCUUGAAUAUGACCACUCGCAUUAGAAAUAAAUUUGCCGACUAAUCCUUUUAUGCUGCGAUCAGGCAUUUGCUGACACUUUUUAAUUGCUGGCCUCUAACCACCAGAUAAUCUGCAGCUAAAGUUGCAAUUUCAAAACAAGGUGCAAUUUAGAAAGUAGCAAAAGAUUAAUAAGACUCUGUUAAAGUUUGUGGAUCAGUAUUCACACUUGUGACUGUACUAGUGAAUUUACUGCAGCAUUUAAGGUACAGAUGUUGAGGCAGUCCCCUCAACAUCUCAUCAUGAGAUCAUGUCUAGUGUAUUUCAGCCUCAACUAUUAGCCAAGUGUAAAUUUGGCAGAAGGGACUAGGAUUUCAUUCCUUGUUAUUCCUCUGAAUGAUUUUCAGUUUUUGCAAUCCGUUUUGUAUCUCAACUGUCACCAAUGCAUCCCUAAAAGGAUGACUGCUAAAACAUCCUUUGCCAAAUGCUUUGUCCCUUCCACCACACAAGGUAUAUAACACAGGCUGACUGCAGCCCUGUUUACAGACAAUUGCAUGUCAGUAUUUCUCAGUAGUUUUGAGUUGAAGAUGUCAACCGAUAGCCAAAAUAAAUUACACAAAUUUGUAUAACUGUAGGUUGAUUAGAUUCUGUGGAGGGAAAACACAGUGGAACUUGAUGACAUGCAAACUAUUUAUUAGAAAAAAGUUAACACAUUUAGGACAUGAUUGGCAAUCACAUAGCAUUUUGCCAGAUUUGGGUUAUAGGGAAAACAGUCAAUAGUGUUAUCCUUGAUCUGUUCCAUUUGGCCCAACGGGAUAAUAUAGGCUUCCCUGGGCAUCUCCAAAGACCAUUGUUCAUUAUAGGGCUUUUCCCUUCUAGUUGUUUACAUGUUGCUGCAGAGGAAACAUGUACUUCUAAUGCAUUGUAGCUGCAUUCUAAUGUGUGUCAUGAAAACACUUUUCCACUAAUACUGAACAAAAAUGGAGUAUAAUCGUACAAUGCACACAGACCUUGCAUGGUCACAUGCAGUAGUAAUUAUAUCACAUUUAGCAAACCAGCACAGGCAACUUAGCAUUGCUACAGAUUUAUUUUUACAGUAUAUAUGCACUUUUUUCUUAUCCAUAACUGUUGACCAUGAUCUGCAGAAGUAGAGCUUGAUCAAAAGGGAUCCUAAUGGAGGUUAUCUACUGGAUAUUCUUGCAGUUUGUCCACUGAAUGGUUACCAGGAAACUUUAACCUACUUUAUGUGCUAAUCAGUGCUUAUGUGUGAAGUGGUGAGACAUGGGAUAUUAAUAACAUAAUAGGAUAGAGAAAUAUAUCGAUGCUUGAAUUGUUUACAACAGGAGUUACCAGAAUGUAAGCUGCCUUGGCACAUCAAAAGUGAGAAUUUCUCUGGUAAUAUUUGAUUAGUGUACUGUUUACAGUUUUUUGUUUUAUCGCUGAAGGAAUUGUGCUGUGAAAUGAGAGGGGAAAAAUCUAAUCUUUGCUUUGAACAACUGAAGUCACACUAAACAGCAGAAAUCAGAGUUUCUAUCUUUUGUAAACACUCUAUUCCCUAAAUUCAUGACUUCAUUUGUUCUGUCCUCACCAGAUAUUUGUUUCAAAAUUAAAUUUGUACAAAAGGAUCCAAGUGCUUUUGAAAGGAACAUUGAAAUGUGCUGCAGAUUUUAAAGUAAAUGCAUGCUAUUUGUACAUGAGGUUUUUCUAAUUUGAGUCUAAAAACUUGUGUUUCAUCUUGUGCUUUUGUAAUAUGGAUUGAAUGGAAUUGGAUAUAACCACAAACCUAGGAAAUCAAAUAACAAACCACACUGCUCAAAUGCAUAUAUUCUUCUGGAUAAAACUGUUUAUGAUUAAUACAUUUUAUUCUUCUGUGCAUUUUUAAAAAUGUUAGCUUAAGAGAAAGACAUUUUAAAGAAUGGAGGUUUGACUGGGGCUAGCAAACCUACAGAUCAUGGCCUGCACUGACAUGAUAGUGGAAGUACCCAGGACUGAUUAAAUGUAUAAGUUCGUAGUGUUAAGAGUCCAUAUUUUAGAUUACAGGCAUCUGGCAUGCAUAAUGUAGGCAAUCACACUACAGAUUAUUUAUUGUUAAUGGACUAUAUAAUAUAGUACUUUUCCUAAAACCAAAUUUGGUUAUAUUUUGUCAUGUGAAUGGGAUUAAACUAUAUUCAAGCUUUGGAUCAGUUUUGUUACUAAAUUUCUAAAGUAUGAAAGCUGAAGCUAAAUUAAAAACUGGCAGUUUUUCCUGAGUCAGUAUGUGACUUCCAACAUCUGAAGAACCUACCAUUAUUUAUUAUUGUUAAUUGUAGUGAAGUUUUAAGAUACAUUCACUUUCAUUGCUAAAGGCUGUAUGUUGUUUUGCAAUAAGUCAGGUUAAAAAAGUAUGCUUGGUGGAACCACUGUGUAUGUGCCUGAAGUCAGCCAACUUGCAGAGCACAUAAUGGGAUCCAUCAUGCUAGAGGCCAGGCAACCUCUAGAGCAUGGAUAAUAUGAAAAGUAUUUGUUUGAUUGGAUUGAAUAUGCUUUAUAUUAGUCAGCUAAUGCUUUAAUAUCUAGUCAUUUUAUCCACCAGAUAUUUUGAAAUCAUUGCAGUGUAUUUAAACUGGCUACCGGAUAGUCUGAAUAGUCACAUGUUCUUAGAUGAAGUUAUGAAUGAAGAAUGCUGUGGAAGUAAGCUCAAUGUCUUUACUUUCCACGGUGGAUACCAAGUUCACACAUCUUGCACUUUUAACUAAUGUUUCCAGCUACUUCUCAAUGUAAGCACUGUAUACCUUUAAAUCCCAAACUAAUGUUAGACAGAUCUCUUCUUCAGAACGCCAUGAACUGUUGAGGAUAAGGACUAAUUGAAUAAUUGUUUCAUUUAAAACAUAAAUUGUAAUCCGAUGACUGAAUUCAUUCAUUUUAAGUCUGAAAAUAUAGAAGAAGUAAAAUCUAUCAUUUUCUAAAAUCUCAAAGCCUUUUCAGGAGGCUGAAACAAAUCUUAACGUAUAAAAUCAAACAAAAACCUAAUUAGUUCUGUCUCGUGAGUUGGAUGUCUCUACAAUUAGGAGAAAUUAUGUUCAAAUUUUUGUAAACUUUUUUUUGCCCAUUAACUUUCAAAAAAUUACCUGGGUUGCCAAAUUUAUCAACCCAUCACUAAAUCAGAUUUGUCAAAUAAAGGACACUGUUGAGACAGAGCGUCAUCAGAAAUCACACAAUACCAGGUUAUAGUCCAAACAGGUUUAUUUGAAAACACAAGCUUUAGGAGCCUCAAUCCUGACUGAGGCUCUGAAAGUUUGAGAUUUCAAAUAACCUGAUGUUGUGUGAUUUCUGACCUUGUCCACCCCAGCCCAACACUAGCACCUCCACAAAGUGACAGAGCAUAUUUAACAAAAAUACUUGGCCUUUCAUAUGUGAAAGCAAAUCGAGGUGGAUGUGUCAAUAUCCGUUCACCUGCCGAAGUCUAACGCAGAACAGGCAUUGUGAGAGUUCUUUUGCUUUAUUGUUGUGUUGAAGUCUGGUAAAUGUAAGCACGUGCAUUUUAUUAAUGCCAUUUUCCUAACUCUGACACAGUGAGUUUCCACAAAGGCCAGUAAUCUGUUCCCUUGUUCAACGUACAUCAUCAAAGCAAAGAUUCUGCCAAGGGCCCCCUCUCAUUUCUCGCUUUUUAGCUAGUGCAUGAUAAAUGCACUAUUUAUUUUGUACAAAUUGUUUGCAGUAAAUUGCACACCUUUUUAAGAAGUAAUUCUAAGGAAAACAUUGGAAAUUGCUGUGGGUCAUUGUAUAGCUUUUUUUCUUUGCUAAGAGUCCUUACGCCAAUACUGCACAUUGAGAUAUGAAACAUAGGGCCUCUUUUAUUUGAGAGAGACUGUACACCUCUUUAAAGAAGGUAAAGAGUUCACAGUAAGGGUGCAACAUUUGAACAACUGGAUUUUGUUUCUCAGAAUUAUCAAGGCUGCAAAUUAGUAUUGUAUUCUGAUCGUUCUUAGAGCAUUUUGCAUGAGAAUUUGAAAAUGAUAAAACAAAUGGUCAAAUCUGCACCAUGUCACAUAAUUUUAUGCUGGGAUUGAAUUAUUUUGUAAGUUUGAUUGUACAAAGAACUUGUACAUAAAUUGAGUUAUACCGUCUCCCUCGAACAAUGAGUGCCAUGGAAGGGAAAGAUACCAUAGCUGCUGUUCGUAGAUUUACUGAAUGUGCUGGUAAUCAGGAACCUACCUGCGUUUUUCUAAUUUUAAUUUUGUCUGUGGCUGGUCAACCACAAUCCAUUGUAGUUUAAACAUUGUUUUAGUUGGGAAUCAUUUAUAGUGCUUCCUAUCAACACCAGGCUCUUCAAAGGAGUGUAUCAACACUGUACAUUAUUUAUUAUAUUUUGUCAGGGUGGCUACACAUUCAUAAUUUUUAUUUUGUAAAUAUGUGUUGAACCAAGCUUAAGGUAUAAAGACUUAAUGUAAAUAUUUCAUUUAUUUGUACUAAUUAUAAUCCAUUUGCUGUAUAGCAUAGACGUGUAAUGCAGAUAACUAACUGUGUAUGGUAACCUGCACCACUGAACUGUUUAGUGAAUGAGGUAACAAUAAAGGUACAGCCAGUGCAUAAGCAAAAGAAA